AUGUUUAAGAAAAGAUCUGUAAGUAAUUUAAAAAAUAGAAAAAAAUUAGAAGAUAUAAAAAAUGAAGAAGAGAAUGGAGAAGAUAGUAGUAAAGAAGAAAAUUAUAAUGUAGUUGGCAAAAAAGAUAUAUUUCAUAGCAAAAGGAAUAAAAAUGAAAAGGAAAAUAGUGAUGAUGAUAUAGUUUGUAAAUAUUUAUUUAAAAAAAAAUUAAAAAAAAUGAAUGAAGAAAAAUCUUUACAUUUAAAAAAACAAAAUAAAUUAAUACAGUCAAAAAGUGAAAAUAUUAAAGAAGCAACUGAAACUACAGAGGAUUUUAUAUAUAAGGGAGAUGAUAAUGUUUCGAAAAAUUAUGGAUCUUAUGAAAUAGAUCAAGAUUCCAAACAUGAUCAUAGAGCAAUAAUGGAAAGAAAUAUUAAAAUAGGAGAAGAAAUAUUAAAAGGAAAUUUAAAAGACAAUAUUUAUAGAGGUAAAGAUGCAUAUGAAAAAGCAUUAAUGAUAAAAAAAGAUAGUUUAGCAAAAAAUAAAUAUACAGGAUUAUAUGGGCCUGUAAGAAAUAGUGGUGCUAAUGUUAGAAUGACUUUAAGAAUUGAUUAUGAACCAUGUAUAUGCAAAGAUUAUAAAGAAACAGGAUAUUGUGGUUUUGGGGAUACUUGUAUUUAUUUACAUGAUAGAAGUGACUAUAAAAGUGGGUGGAAAAUAGAGCAAGAAUAUGAAGAGAAACGAAAAAGAAAUGAAGCAUUAAGAAAAGAGAAAUUAGAAAAAUGGAAUGAAAAAAUGUUAAAAAAGUUAAAAGAAAAAGAAAAAAAAUUAAUUAAUUUAAAUGAAAAUAAUGAAGAAAAAGAUGAGAAUGAGAAUUAUAAUAAUGAAAAUUCUUUUUCCUCUUCAUCUAUAAUAUCGUCUUGUUCAGAAAAAGAAAAAUCAUCUGAUGCAAGUUCGAGUGAUGAUGAAAAUUCUCUUCCUUUUGCAUGUUUAAAAUGCAAAAAAAAAUGGAAAUUAGAAAUGAAUCCAAGUGUUACUGAAUGUUUACAUUAUUUUUGUGAAAAAUGCUUUAUUGAAAUGUUUCAAAAAAAUAAAAAAUGCAUCAAAUGUGGACUACAAUUAAGUGGUAUUAUGAACUCUGCGCAAAAUAUUAUUGAUCUUUUAAAUAAAAAAAAAACUAACAGCUAA